AUGAAGGUUUCAUUUACAUUAUUUUUUAUAAUAUAUAUUAUAUUAAAUUGUGAUGUGUUAAAAUGUAAAGCUCAAUCUGCUGAUAGUAACACUUCACAAAUUUCGACUUCUGGUCAGGGUUCAUCUGGUUCUGAUAGUACUGAUUCUAGUAAAGGUUUAAGUAGUGUUGGUACAUCUGUUUCUAGUACAGUUGUUUCUGCUGGUUCUGGUACAGGUAGUCCAUCUGUUUCUAGUACAGUUGUUUCUGGUGUAACUGAAACAGGUUCAACUGGAAAUGUAAAUGGUGCAAGUCCAGAUGUAUCAGUAACAAAACAAAAUGCUGAAGAAAAAAGUACUACUUCAGAUAGUUCAGAUAAUUCGAUUAAAAUAAAAUCUGCGUUUUUAAAGGAAAAUGUUGGUGUAAAGAUUAAUGGUCCAUGUGAUGAAGGGUUCGGUUUGGUUUUGGUUCCUCAUAUUAUUAUUAAUGUUGACACCAAAAAUACCGAUAUACAAUUGGGAAAGAAAACAGAAGAUAUAAAUUAUGAAAUAAAAUUAAGAAAAAAAGGAAAUAAUGAAGAUGAGGAAAAGGUUGGUGUAAAUCUUUUAAAAAAUGUAUGCGAGAAAGGAAAAAAUUUUAAAUUUGUUGUAUAUAUUAAAGGAGAUGAAUUAAUUAUUAAAUGGAAAGUUAUAAAUGGUGCAGAUAUACCAGUAGAUGUAAAAAAAUUCAAAAUCAAAACAAUGACUCCUCCUAUUACUUCCAUACAAGUAUUUUCCUCCAUGUCUAAUGAGAAUUCCUUUUUGCUUGAAAACAAAAAUUAUGCCAUAACAAAUAAUAUGCCAGACAAGUGUGAAGCUAUAGCUACUGACUGUUUCUUGAGUGGUAAUGUCGAUAUAGAAAAAUGUUAUCAAUGCAGUUUAUUGGUUGAAAAUGAUAGUAAAUCUGAUGUAUGCUUUAAUUUUAUUUCUCGAGAAAAUAAAGAAAAAUUAAAUGAAGAACUUCUUAAAGUCCAAGCAUCAAGUGAAUAUGAAGAAGGUGUAGAAUCUGAACUAAACGAAGCUAUAGAUUCAUUAAUACCUUCAUUUUAUAAAAAAGAUGCUGAAAACGGUGAAAAUGUUUUAAUAAGUUUUGAAGAUUUAAAUAGUACAUUAGAAGAUGAAAUAAUUAAUUUCUGUUCUUUAUUAAAACUUGUUGAUUUAAGUGGAACAUUUAUGAAUCACCAAAUAGGUACUACUGUAGAUGCCUUUAAUAAUAUUGUUAAACUUUUAAAAGAACAUGAAGAAGAAGAUGAAUUCGUAUUACGUACAAAAUUAAGAAACCCAGCCCUUUGUAUGAAAAAUGUAGAUGAUUGGGUUAAAAGUAGAUGUGGUUUAUUAACAUCUGAUGAUUCAUAUGUUGUUAUGAAAAAAAAUGGUGAUAUUAAUGGUGAAAAUGAAAAUAAUGAAUCAAACGAGGAAGAUUAUGACGGUGUUAUUGAUUUAAGUACAAAUGAGGAUGGAAAUGUAAACGCAAAUCAAUUCAAUGAUGAUAUAUAUUGUAAUGAUGAUUAUUGUAAUAGAUGGAAAGAUGAAAAUAGUUGUAUAUCAAAUAUUGCCGUUGAAGAUCAAGGAAAUUGUGCUUCCUCAUGGGCUUUUUCUUCUAAAUUACAUUUUGAAACACUUAGAUGUAUGAAAGGAUAUGACCAUUUAGGAAUUUCAGCCUUGUACUUAACUAACUGUUCUAAGGGUAAAGUUAGUAAAAGAUGUACUGCAGGUGGUAAUCCAAGCGAAUUUUUACAAAUCGCUUCAAAUAGUGGAUUUUUACCAACAGAAUCUGAUUACCCUUACUUUUAUGCAUUGGUUGAAAAUACCUGUCCACGUGAUUUUAAUAAAUGGGUAAAUUUGUGGGAAGAAGUGAAAUUAUUAGAUUAUAAUAAUGAAGCUAAUUCCAUUGGUAAUAAAGGAUAUUCUGUAUAUAAAAGUGAGAUGUUUAAAGAUAAUAUGGAUGAAUAUAUUAAAAUAAUAAAACGUGAAAUUAAGAAUAAAGGAUCUGUAAUUGCUUAUAUAAAUGCACAAUCUGUUUUAACUUAUGAUUUUAACGGAAAAAAUGUACUUAAUAUGUGUGGUAGCAAGACUACAGAUCAUUCAGUAAAUGUUAUAGGUUAUGGUAAUUAUAAAAAUAAGGAAGGAGAAGAAAAAUCAUAUUGGUUAGUUCGAAAUAGUUGGGGAUAUUACUGGGGAGAUGAAGGUAACUUUAAAGUUGAUAUGUAUGGACCAUCAAAUUGUGAUUAUCACUUUAUUAAUACAGUUGUUGUUUUUAAUAUUGAUAUUCCUAUGAUGAAUAAUAAUUUAAAUAAUAAGAAAGGAUUAUAUAAUUACUUCCCAAAAUAUACACCAGAAUUUUAUCAUAAUUUAUAUGAUCAAAAUUUUAGUUCCGAUAAUAAAAUAUCCUUAUUGAAUAAUAAUGAUUCUAAUAAAAAUGAUGUAAAUAAUUCCUAUAUUGUUCAUGGUCAAAGUGGAGAAGGAGGAGCUCCAAAUACACAACUUCGAGCUAGUGCUAAUCAAGAUUCAACCCCAGAAACUGUUGCAAGCAGUUCUGUAGGUUCAACUCAAGAACAAAAUACUUCCACUAGUGUUAAAAAGAUGGAUGUGUUCCAAGUAUUAAAACAUAUUAAGAAUAGCAAAAUAAAAGUUGGUUUAAUGAAAUAUGAUAAUGACGGUGAGAUUGGUGCACAUCACAGUUGCACAAGAGCCCAUUCAUUUGACCCAGAAAAAAAGGAUGAAUGUGUUGAAUUUUGUAAAAAAAAUUGGGAACAAUGCAAAGACAAACCAUCACCUGGAUUUUGUUUAACAAAAUUGGAUGAAACCAAAGGUUGCUUCUUUUGUUAUGUAUAA